AAGAAACUGCACGCUCCCUGGGAUAUUUAUUCAAAAAACUGCAUUCUCCCUGGAAGCUCAUGAAUGAUAACCACGAUAUAAACCAUAGAGUUACUCUAUGAUAUUAAUGCGACGAGCACGACGGAUAUGAUGUUCUGUGAUAUGAUAUGAUAUGCUCAUGAUUUUGAAAUGUUUAAUAAAUUUAAAUAAAAAAUAAUACUUUUUUAUACAUGGACUUAACCACUAAAAGCGAAGCAUUAAAACAUCAUCAGAAUGAUGCCAGUCGUCCAAUUCGACGAUCAAAAUCUCCAGCGACUCAUCCUCCAACAAUUUCAACUAUUGUUGCAAAAGCUGUUACUGUUAGCAAGCUUGAAAACAACAAAUUAACUGCGGUUGGUAAAUAUGGAUUUGCAUUAGCUGGUGACGUGAAGUUAAAUUACUAUCAACUCUUACUUUAUGUUACUCAGAGUUCUAUUCUCGUCAAUAUUAUAUUAUCCAAAGAUUUCAAGUAUACUGUAAAUGCAAAUAAUACAGUCGAAUUUCUAUCCAAAGAGAACUGGCAUUUAAAAUUUUCAAAAACAGAAGAUGCUGUGGACUUUAAUUCACAUUUGACAUUUGUGCUGUGGAAACUUAAUGGGUGUAAGGAACUAUUUUGGUUUGAUCUUUAUUAUCCAUCUCGUAAUGACAAUGUAGCCAUGUUUGGUAGUGUUGUGGAGAUAAUUUAUGUGGCAAAUACAGUUCAGGGUAAUACAAUUGGGCCAGAAGUUUCUAAUAACAUUGAAGAUAGCCAAUACUUAAAAGUUACUGUUAAUCAAGAAGGUUGGGAAAGGUCUUUAUUAGGAGUUAAUGAGAACACCCAAAGGAUUGUAUACAUACCAUUUGCUGAAAUGGGUGCUUGGAAAAUAUUUACUAAUGGCAAACAAUGUUUAUGUUUAAAUGUGACUGUAAAAAAAGUUUAUGAAAUCAAAGAAAAUGUCAUAAAUGAUUUUAUAGAUAGUGUAAGUCAAGAACCAUUAAAUACAGCUCUUAAAAAUGAUUCUUCUUUGAUUCAAGCAAAAGAAAUUGCUGAAGAUACCCAAACUAAUCAAAUUGCUGCUUCAUCAAAAACAGUUUGUAUUGAAUCAUUAUAUGAAGAAUUUGAAAAAUUUAAAUUAGAUAGUAUAAAAACUAAUGAGAGAUUAACAAAAUUAGAAGCAUUGGUUAUAGAAAAUCCGAAUAAAACAGAAAAUUCAAGUGAACUAAAAAAAACUAUGAAAACUUUGUAUAAGAGUAUAGCACGCGAGUUUCCUGUUGAUCAAACAUUUACUGGAAGUCAAAUUCAAACAAUAAUCCAAAACAUUUUUCAUAAUACGUUAAUAUCUUCCAAUCAAUCUCAUUCCAAAAAUGACUAAUGUAAAGCCAACAUACCUAAUUAUAUUGUUAUGCUAUGUUGCUUGCAUACUAA